AUGAUCCCCGAAGAGGAGAGCCCCCCGGCGGGGGAAACCGAGGAAGAUGGGGAUGGAGGCUUCCUGCCCGGGCUUCAGCCCUCCCAGAGUGGCAGCACCCGCAAGGGCUGCGACCCUUGGGCACAAACGCAGCGGAGCAAGUUACAACACCGCCGGGCGCGAAUUAACCAGCAGAUCAACAAGGAGAUGAGGAUGCGUGCAGGUGCAGAAAACCUGUUCAGGGCUACCAGUAACAACAAGGUCAAGGAAACGGUCGCUUUGGAGCUCAGUUAUGUCAAUUCGAACCUGCAGCUGCUGAAGGAAGAGUUGGAGGAGCUGAACAGCUGUAUGGGGGCUUACCAGAACGACAGUGACUCCAUUAGCGUUCCGAUGAUCCCACUGGGGCUGAAGGAGACCAAGGAGCUGGACCUUGCGGGACCCUUGCAGGAUUUGAUUCGGGACCACUACGGCGAGGACGGGGCCUUAUACGAGGCUGAGAUCAAAGAGUUUGUGGAAUUGCGGCAAGCCAUGCGAACCCCCAGCCGAAAUGAAGCCGGCCUGGAACUUCUCAGGGAAUACUACAGUCAACUUUACUUUCUCGACAACCGUUUCUUCCCUCCCAAUAAGAACUUGGGGGUCUUCUUUCACUGGUAUGACUCGCUGACGGGAGUCCCUUCGCACCAGCGUGCCCUGGCCUUUGAGAAGGGGAGCGUCCUCUUCAAUAUUGGGGCGCUGCACACGCAGAUCGGAGCUCGCCAGGAUCGUACCACCUUGCAGGGCGUGGACUGCGCCAUCGAUGCGUUCCAGAAGGCAGCGGGAGCCUUCAACUACCUGAAGGAGAACUUCUCCAACGCGCCCAGCCUGGACAUGAGCUCUGCCUCCUUGAACAUGCUGGUGCGGCUGAUGAUCGCCCAAGUGCAGGAAUGCGUCUUCGAGAAGGCCCUCCUCCUCUGGGCCCAGAGCGACUUCCUCACCUGCCUGCAGCUGGCCCAGGAAGCAGCCAGGUUGGACGAGGUGUACUCUCUGGUGUAUCAGACCAUGAGCCAGCCGCACGUGAAGGACUACGUCCCGUUCUCAUGGACCACUAUGGUGCACGUCAAGGCGGAACACUUCAAGGCCCUCUCCCACUACUACGCUGCCAUCGCCCUUUGCGACUGCCCAGCUGCGUCUGACGCGGAUCUCCCAGACCAUGAGAAAGCGUUCCUCCAGUUCCACGUCAGCGUGCCCGACGGGCCAGCCCUCUGCCAGCUCUUACAAGACCCCGAGGAGCGGAGGAAACUGGGGAAGGCGCACCUGAAGAAGGCCAUCAUGAGGCACGAGGAGGCCCUGCGGCUGCACAGCCUGUGCAAGAUCCUGCGGAAGAUGGACAUCCUCCAGGAGGUGCUCUGCUUCGCCCACAAGCGCUCCCUCAGCAAGUACGCCGAGAUCGACCACGAGGAAGACUUCUUUGAAACCGUGGAUGCGCCCGACAUUCACCCCAAAACACAUCAGAGACCAGAAGUCAAAUCCCCCAAUUUCUCCAAGGUGAAGGUCACGGACAUCUUCCACAGACUGGGCCCGCUUUCCGUUUUCUCUGCCAAGAACCAGUGGCAACCCCCGCGGAAGGCGCGCCUGCAGCGAGGUGACGGCGGCUUCGGCUUCACGCUCCGAGGGGAUUCCCCGGUCCUCAUUGCCGGGGUUGUCGCUGGAAGCUGUGCAGCGGAAGCCGGCCUGAAGGAGGGGGACUACAUCGUCUCCAUCAGCGACAAGGACUGCAGGUGGGCCAGACACUCGGAGGUGGUCCAGCUGCUGAAGGUGAUCGGGGACGAGGGGGUGGACGUCACCGUGAUUACGCUGCAGCCCCCCGACGGGCAGAGCACAGUGGAGAAGAAGUCAUCGGCGAUGUCUUCGGGCGCCGGCAGCCCACUGAAAAGCAACAAAGAGAACCGGCGGAAGAGCUUGCUGCCGGGGAAGGGGGCCAGCACGAUCCUGGCCUGGGGCCGGAGGAGUAAGCGCAGCACGUUCGGCCGCCCUUUUGCCGCAGUGGGAGACAACGACCAAGCCCACUGAGCGGCCCGGCUCCCUCACUUGU